CUGAGGGGCGGCGGUGCCGCGGCCGGACUGGCGUGAGCGGUUGGAGACACAAUGCAGGACCCCAACGAAGACACUGAGUGGAAUGACAUCUUACGCAAAAAGGGCAUCUUGCCCUCAAAGGAAAGUCUGGAAGAUUUGGAAAAGAAGGCAGAAGAGGAGGAGCAGAGAGUCCUCCAGCAGUCAGUGGUGAAAACAUAUGAAGAUAUGACUUUGGAAGAGCUGGAGGAUCAUGAAGAUGAAUUUAAUGAAGAGGAUGAACGUGCUAUUGAAAUGUACAGGCAGCAAAGAUUGGCUGAGUGGAAAGCAACUAAACUGAAGAAUAAAUUUGGAGAAGUUUUGGAGAUCUCAGGAAAGGAUUAUGUUCAAGAAGUUACCAAAGCCGGUGAGGGCUUGUGGGUAGUCUUGCACCUUUACAAACAAGGGAUUCCCCUCUGUGCCCUGAUAAAUCAACACCUCAGUGGACUUGCCAGGAAGUUUCCCGAUGUCAAAUUUAUCAAAGCCAUUUCAACCACCUGCAUACCCAAUUAUCCUGAUAGGAAUCUGCCCACGAUAUUUGUUUACCUUGAAGGUGAUAUCAAGGCUCAGUUUAUUGGUCCUCUGGUGUUUGGCAGCAUGAACCUGACAAGAGAUGAGCUGGAGUGGAAACUGUCUGAGUCUGGAGCAGUCAAGACAGACCUGGAGGAGAAUCCUAAGAAACCGAUUGAAGACACAUUGCUGUCCUCAGUGCGGUGCUCUGUCCCCCUCAGGAGGGAUAGUGAUUCUGAGGAUGACUAAGGCUGCAGCUGCCACAGCUUGCCGAACUUUCUUGAUGUGACAAAUUGUCUGGAUUUUUGUAAACAAGAAAAAGUAAGAAUGAAUCCUUUGGGUUUUUAGCCUUUUAUAAUUGUGUUUCAAAUCUCGUACAUUUUAGAAAUGAUUAUUGCUGGGAAUUCUCUUAAAUUUCUUGGAACUCUUUUUAAAUUAUAACAUUUCUUUAAAAAAAAUUAAAAACAGCCAUUGGUAUGGCAAA